AUGGUUAUGACCCGCAAGCAGAGGAAUCUGAAUGUUGUAGCAGAAGUUGCGAAUGGCAAAAAUGGUGUUUCUCAGGUCGAGAUGAACAGCAAUUUUUGUGCUGAUGUUCCUGUAGUGAAUGGCUCUAGCACAGCUGCUGCUUUUGGCUCUGUCUCCGUUGAUUAUAGUAAGCUUUCGGUCAAUGAGCUCUUACUAAAUAUAAUGGAAACUAACAAGGACCCAGUAGUUGCGCAAAUGCUCUCUGCUUUAUGCGACAAAAUGCCUAAAGAUUUCGCUGAUCAUCUCGUUAAAGAGAAACGAUCCCGUAGUAUUGUGCUUGCUGGCUUGAAAGAAGUUCCCACUAUAGCCAAAUUGUUGGCCCACCCUAUGUGCAAAAGUGAAUACAUAAAUGGUCAAGAAACCGCUUUGCCUAAGAUGGCUCGCGAAUGCCUUCCCGACCUUGGCGGUCUCAGUCCAAAAUACUGCUCUUCUCCUUUCCAGCUUACCUUACCGAUUCAUUGCACAGCAUCGCAAGCUAUCACAUACUGUGAAAUCUCGACUUCCCAAGCACUGAUCGUGAAAAUGUUCAACAAGCCAGUUGCAUUCCUAAUCGAUGUAGUCGAUAGCGGAAUCAUCCUAGGAACCCGCAAAGGAAGCGAAGUAGUCACAUUUGGUAACGGUCUUGGAGCUAUGGGUGGUGUGGGUCGACAUAAUAAACUCGGACACAUUUUCUCCCUGCUUACUCCAUUCUGUUCCGUCAGUCCCGAUAUUCAGCUUUUGAGCCGUUCUUCUGAGGUCAUCCUUGGCGUUGAAAUCACUGACGAUGAGCUUGAAGAAAGUGUUAUCCCUUCUUCGUCCAUAUAA